CCGUUUCAAUCGGCUGAAUUGCUCGUCAAGUGGUCGAAUGGCGCCGUGUCCGUUGAGCCGCGUGAUUCCUUCGCGUUGGCGCCGUCGAUGUCCUCGUGCCGCCGUUGCUUGCAGCUCUCUCUUGGCAUUGCCAGCAGGAAAUUAAGCACGCUUAUCGAACGACGAAAGUCCCGUUAGACAUCAGCACUACGCUUGCAGGAUCGAUCAUUUUAUCCCGGACAACGGAUGGGAGGUGUAACGAAUGGAUGCCGACAAUCGGGUGGUAUUGAACGUCGGAGGCGUCAGGCACGAGACGUACAAAACGACAUUGAAGAAGAUUCCAGCGACGCGCUUGCAAAAGCUGACGGACAAAGCCGGCAAUUACGAUCCCGUGCUCAACGAAUAUUUCUUCGAUCGCCAUCCCAGUGUCUUCACUCAGGUGUUGAAUUACUAUCGCACGGGCAAAUUACAUUACCCGACCGACGUCUGCGGACCGCUGUUCGAAGAUGAGCUUGAAUACUGGGGCCUUGACUCCAAUCAGGUGGAGCCGUGCUGCUGGAGCACGUACAGCACAUACAGAGAUACCCAGGCGACGUUGGCGAUCCUGGAUAAGUUGGACAUAGACGGUGAUCGUCAGAGUGGGAAUCUAAUGCAAGAUCAAACAGACGAUUUUGUAGACGGUGAAAAAAGUGAGAAUCGCAAGUCGCGAUGGCAGCGUCUAAGGCCGAAAAUUUGGGAUCUAUUCGAUUCGCCUUACUCGUCAACUUCGGCGAAAUGUCUGGCGAGUCUUUCUAUUCUCUUCAUCUGCUUGUCGGUGCUGUCGUUUUGCAUGAAAACCGUCGGUUCUACGCAUCGCAUCAGGGUGCAUCGCAACAAUACCAACGUCGUCGAGGACGAAAUUAUAUUCAACCACACCACUUGGCACGGAGGUAACAGGACUAUUCGCAAAAGCGACAUGCUCUAUUACUUGGAGCACACCUGCAACGCUUGGUUCACCUUCGAGCUUCUCAUAAGAUGCAUCGUCUGCCCAAGGAAGAAAGAGUUCGUGGCUUCUCCCGUGAACAUGAUCGAUCUCGCGGCGACGCUGAGCUUCUACGCCGAGUUUCUUGCCUUGGAGUCGGCGUCAGCAGGACUCGGGCUGUACCUCGAACUACUGUCGAUCGUAAGGGUGCUUCGACUGUUCAAGCUGACGCGCCACUCGCUCGGCCUGCGGAUACUCAUGCACACGUUCCGGGCUUCGGCCAAAGUACUGGCGCUGCUGGUCUUCUUCUUACUCCUUGGCAUCGUCCUCUUCGCCAGCCUCAUUUAUUACGCCGAGCGUCUUCAGAACAAUCCUAACAAUGAUUUCGAAAGUAUCCCAGCCGGUUUGUGGUGGGCCUUGGUAACCAUGACCACAGUUGGUUACGGCGACAUGACUCCGAAAACCAUUCCAGGAAUGUUCAUUGGUGGUCUUUGUGCACUUGGCGGUGUCCUCACCAUAGCUCUUCCAGUUCCUGUGAUCGUUAGCAACUUUUCAAUGUUUUAUUCGCAUACACAGGCACGUAGCAAAUUGCCAAAGCAACGAAGAAAGGUACUAAGUCCCGCGGAAAUUCCGCGACGUGGCAGCCGAUACAAAUUAAACCACAAUUGCUUCGAUGUGGGUCAGAGUAAUUUUCUCCUCAGCACAUUGUCCACCCCGUCGAAGGUUAACGCACCAUUGAUGCCUCGACCGGCGACUGUUGGCAUGGAAGAUGGCUUCUAUCAUCCGCAGAUAAAGAUCACUUCGUCGGAUUCUCCACCAGAUAUGACAUCAUUGAAUCGUAUGAAGUCGACAGUGACAAAAUCAACUUUGGACGUAGAAUUGUCGCCCUUAUAUACGCCAAACGCAUGACUAAUGAAUGGAAAGGAGGAAAAAAGUUGAGUCGGGUCAGAAAUUGUCGGACAUGUCGCGUCGAGGCGAUAGUCAUUAUUUCAGAUAUUCUUCGGUAUUCCGUGUAUUUUUGUCUUGAAUCUGACCCGCAGUGCAAUGUCUGACCUAUCUAUAUAUUUAUACACGAGCUCUUUGGAAUUCUACAUAUCAGAAGCUUUUGAGACGCGGCUUGUUCGAGUUUGGCCGCGCGAUCUUCAGUCAGCCGUGGAAUUUUCAGGCUCUCGAGGUGUGCGCCGAUGAGCGUGGUGGUGGCGGACCGACGUGGUAUUUUCAACGACGCGGUGACGGUACGAGCUUCCUCCCCUCCCCUCCCCUUCCCCCUAGUGUCCUAAAAACGAGGCUUUGUUGGUGCGGAGAAUAUUGGCGAGGCUCGAUCGAGAGA